AAUUUAAAAGAUUACCUCAGAAGGUUAUUAUUUUUUGUUUGAAGAGCUCCACUCGUGAAUAUUAUCAUUUUUUUAUUAUUUUUUUAAAAUAAAAAUUUCGAUAUGAAUGCUCGGUGAGUAUCGGCCUGAGUUAAACGAUUGAUUAAAUGGGGAUAUGCUGAUGGGAGAGUCAUUUUCUCAGAGGAUAAAAAUAAAAUGAUGAUGAAGUCGAUUUUUAUCGAAGUUUUGGGCAUUUGUUUCUUCAUUGUUUAUUUUUCUAAUGCUGCCCCCGUAUUGGAAUCUAUGUCGUCUCUUGUAUUGAAAGAAAGGCCAGGAUGCGACCUUAGCAAAAAAACGGAUUUCGUGGAGUUGACUAAUAAAUACCAGGAUUGCAAUAACACUUUUUCAGUAUUCAGCACAGAUUACUUUAGCAUUAGGCAUGAGGCCUUAUGCUUUGGUAUGUACGAUGCCAUUUAUCGCCUGUGUGAAGUUAACGACAAAUUGGAGGGGGACGUCGAAAAGUUGAACAAGACCGAUGACCUGUGCUCGACUGACUGGUCUGCACUUCAACACGUGGAAAUUAAGUACAAGGACACAAGACUCGCCAAGCUGUCUGAAGCUUUUCAUAGUAUAAUGUCGGAUAAGAACCAGUGCGAAGCGCUCUGCUUCGUAAAUUCCGUUGUGAACCCACGUUGUGAGAUAGCUAUAAACUGUCGAAGAUUGCUGAAUAGAACUUUGUCCACAGAAACACCGAUUAAGCUUACUAGUGAGGUGAAAGAGGCUGCUUCACAGACACGUGUAGAAUCGACCCACAAAACUACCUCUAAGCCUGCUUUGACAGAAUCUGGAAGAGUUCCACCAGAAGAGGGACUGUCAAAUAAUAUCCAAUUUCCAUCAGUCGUAGAUGCAUCUAAGGGGAAAGUUGAAAGCCUUGUCAAAGAGGUUCAACCCAAGCAGGAAAUGAAUUCGAAUCAAAAUGUACCCAAAUCCUCAACAACGGUAAGCUUGUCAAAUUUGCCAUCAAACCAGGUCGACACGCAGCCGAAAAAUUCCGAUAACAUUUCACCUCUGCAAGAUGAAAAAGAUCCGACUUUUUUUGUCGAGCCAGAAGAAAAGAAACCGCCUAUUAACGGAGAAAUGGAAGGAAACGAAGAAAUGGAAGAGCAUGUCAAAAAUGCUGAUGGUGUAGAUGAUCUCAAUAUGCAACCGAUUGACACACCUGAAGAAAAUGAGGCCAACUUUAUUAAGGGUGACUCCCGUGCCAGUAUUCAAACUAAAAAUAGUGAUAUAGAUUUACCAACUGGUAUUAAUGGGCAUUUUGCUGAAACAGAGGAUUCCAACUUCUUCACCUACUUUAUUGUGAUGACAAGUGCUUGCAUAAUAGCAUAUGUUUUCUUUCACAAUAAAAACAAGUUGCUUGCGUUGGCCCUGGAAGGCAGGAAAGUGAGAUCGACACGUGGCAAAGGAAGGCACAGCUCUACAAGCUAUUCUAAACUCCACUCGAACCUCGAAGAAGCUAUCGCAUCGAACACCACAGCACCGUCGUCGACCCAUGUCCUCUAUUGAAAAUAUUUUCAAAUUCAAUAAAAUAUUUUUUUAACAAUGAAGUGGCGAAAAAAAUUUCUGCAUUCUAUCCAUUAAAAAUGAACCCUCCAACUGUAAAUAUGUAGAUACUGUAUACACAUUUUCUACUUAAUUAAGGGUAUGAUGUACGACUUUAAAUCACUCUAUUUUGGUUUGUAUUUUUGAAUUUUUUGAAGUAUUAUUAAGAUGCUCUAUUUAUUGUGUUACUUAAGUCCUUUGUUAAUGUAGAAAUAUGCAUUUAUCUUCUUGUGAUAUUGUUUCUGGGAAAUAAAAUUGUUGACCUACGUUUA